AAAGUUCACACUUCUCAUGUCUCGAUCAGCCCAGCCAACUUUGACAUGUACCGCUGGUGCCCAGUGCCUCGGUGCUCGCAUUCUCAUGAUGUGUGGAUCACGGUGGUGCGGUUGGUGCGGACGCGUGUGCGGUGAUUCGCGGCCAGUUCUGGCAUCGGAACAGAGCGAGCAGGUGGAGCGGUUGCCCCCGCGGAUCCUACAAACUUCACUCGGAGAAAACUCGGAGAUGGGGAAUUCCCGUCGUCCCCGCACCGAAGCCCCCCCGUCUCCCGAAGAAUGCAUCCGCCGACGCGAAGACGACGCCAAAUACGCGCUCGUUGAACUUCGAAGGAGGGCCAGGAAAGCCGCAGCCGAGCGUGAGCGCCGGCGUCGCAAAAAAGCAGAGGAAGCGCGCGAGGACUGCGAGACGGUCCUAAAAAGAAGAGCCUGGAAGGCCGAACUCCAGCGCGAAUACCGGCGACGGAAACGAGAAAAGCUGUACGAGGGAAAGCCCGAGGCGCUGGCGACGCGUCGACAGAGGGGCGAGAAAGCUGAGACCACACGCGAGCGGUGGCGGCGGCUCAAAGAAGGGCCGAAGUACGACGAGUUUCUCAGGAAGCAAGCCGAGCGUCGGGCACUUAGGAAGUUACGGCAGCGCUUUGCGGCCUGGGACAGGUGUGUGGUGGCGGUGCGAUUCGGCGAGCGAGCGCUUGCCGACGAGCAGUUGGCGAAGACGCCUGUCGUGGACGCUUACGUCCGUGACCGUCUGGGGUCGGAAAACUACGCCACGCAGGUGAGGCCCACAUGAUGUGAUCUCCUCACCAUUUGCACGAUGGGCACGCCGAAAGCGAGUCUGAUUUGUAGACCAACUCAUGUUUCCGAACAAACCGGAGCGCCCCUAGCGAACGCCACCGGCACCGCGCAUGCGCGAUGGAGUGUAGGCAAGUUGUGUCACUGGAUAAGUUUUCAGAGUACUGCAUUCCUUUUCCCUUCGCCGCUCGCCUUCACA